UCUUCCGCAAAACCGGAAAUGGGUAUACUUCACGUGUAUUUCGUCAAAGACCUUUUAACCAGAUUUAAUAAUACUGCAUUAACUCUUCAAUAAAACCGAAAUGCAGGACUUUUCUAUUUAAACAUUUUUAUCCUUUAACAGUGUUUAUAAUUUUUAACUUUGGCCGUUGAAUUGUUUGCAGUUAUGGCCGACAGAACGACGGUUUUGCUUUUCUUGUUCUUGGUUGCAUUAUUGUUUAUUUUAUGGUUCAUGCCUACCUCGCGACCAGCGCCAGAGGGGACAAAGUUAGAUCCUAAUGUUGGAAAAGAGCUAAACAGAUUUCAGGAGACCAUAAAAAAGUUUGUGAACUCAAUGGGUGAGAUGGAAAAACGUUUGGACAAUCUUGAGGUCAAUGUCCAAAAUAUCCAGAAGAAACAAGAAUCAUUCCAAGUAAAUUCUGUGAAUCCACAGAUCAGUAAAAGACAAAGCCAAGAACCUGUGAACCAUGAUGCUGAAAAGGAACCUGUGGACCAUGACACUGAAAAAGAGCAAAAAUCAGAAGCUCCAGAUUUUAUCGGGGAGAUAAGACGUAACAAUAAUUGUUUUGAUUCUGCUGAGCAUGGCUUCGAUGGUGCCAUUGAAGUAUUUGAAUGCCAUAAACAAGGUAGAAAUCAGGAAUUUCAACUGUACGGUAAUAAGAUAAGACAUAAACAAUGGUGCCUGGUGGCAGAAAAGGCAGAGGAAGGUCAAGCUGUGCUGUUAGGGAACUGUGGUGACAACAAUCCUCUACAAAAAUGGCAGUACCAAGAUAAAUUAAUAAAAAGUGCAGAAAUGAACUUUUGCAUGAGGAACAAAUUUGGUCGCGGAGUCGUGUCGUUGGCCGAAUGCAAUACAGAAGAUGAUUCACAAAAAUGGGAUUUGGAGAAGAAAUAUGGUACAUGAGUUAUACGUAUAGAAUAGGCUAUCUUACGAUUUUCAAUGAUCUUAUGCAAAUACAAUGUAAAUUAGUUUUUUCUGUGAUUGAAAGGGAAAAAC